CUGCUCAGCAGCACAUCAGCGGCGCCAAACUUCAGCAGAGCAGGAGCCACAUGACAAGCCUGCUAGCAAACCACCGCUUCUAGAGGCACCGGAACCAUGUUCGUUGCUCACAGGAUCGCAGCUGACCAUAAAGAUCUAAUCCACGAUGUUUCCUAUGAUUUCCACGGCCGGAGAAUGGCGACUUGUUCCAGCGACCAAAGUGUCAAGGUGUGGGAUAAAAGCGAGAACGGAGAGUGGCAAUGCACCGCCAGCUGGAAGACACACAGUGGGUCCGUGUGGAGAGUAACCUGGGCUCAUCCAGAAUUCGGCCAAGUUCUGGCCUCCUGCUCGUUCGACAGAACAGCCGCUGUCUGGGAGGAGAUUGUCGGGGAGUCCAACGACAAGCAGAGAGGGCUGAGCCACUGGAUAAAGAGAACCACACUAGUGGAUAGUAGAACAUCGGUGACAGACGUGAAGUUUGCUCCUAAACACAUGGGUCUGAUGCUGGCCACCUGCUCUGCGGACGGAGUGGUGAGGAUCUACGAAGCCCCUGAUGUGAUGAACCUGAGCCAGUGGUCCCUGCAGCAUGAGAUCUCAUGCAAGCUAAGCUGCAGCUGCAUAUCAUGGAACCCUUCAAGGUUAGAUGGCUUCAUUUACUUUGCACUAGUGAUGGGUCCAGCAGCCCAUAUGCAUCGCUGCGUGUCUGAUGACAUUAUCACGCUGGUACAGACCAGAGGAAGCAGGCCUGAUUUUUUUUGUUGUUGUUUCUCUGCAGCAAACUACAUGGAGAACUGGAAGUGCACGGGCAUCCUGAAGGGGGACGGCAGCCAGCUGACGGGCUCGUCCGGUCAGCCCAUGGCCCUGAGCACGGUGGUGGGCUCCUCUGUUCAGAACUCCCAGAACAUCCUGAAUGGGAUGGCAGCAGGAAGGUAUUUCUUUCCACCUCUGGAUCCUCCCAGAGGUGGGACCAGGCACGGCCACCUGCUGCCUCCUUCCUCCCUCAUAGAGCACUGUGAUGCCGAGGCUGUGCAGCAGCCGCAGCCACUGGCUCUUCCUCACAGACACUCCUCCUCCAGGGCGCUGCUGUCCCUACCAGAAGCUGAAGAGCAAUGAUUCAAAUUGGAACAGAUUUAAAGUGUUUACCUUUGUUAGAAAAUGUAAUGCUGUACUAUGAAAAGGAAAAAA